AUGGGGAUGUCGGCCCCCGCCGAAGGGGGGGCGGAGCUGCUCCAGCGAGCGGGUGACGGAGCUGCUCCAGCGGGCCGGGCCGCCGUGGCCCUGGGGGCUCGCCCUGCGCGCGCCAUGGACCCCCCUGCCGCCGCCGUGGCGGGCUCCGUGCUGGCAAUGGGGCUGGUGCCCUGCUCGCCUCGCGCCCUCCUCGCCGCGGCAGCCGCAGGCCGCGCCCGCGCCAGCGAGCCCGAGGUGGAGCCGCACCGCCAGGACAGCCCGCCUCAGAAGGCGGCCUCCGCAGCGCGGCACCUCCGCAGCGGGGCCCCGGCCGGGAGGCGGUGGUCUUCGAGUCGCUGCUGUUCCCGCGAGCCUGACCGUGGCGAGCCCGCGGCGCGCGGGCGGCGGCGUGGAGGCGGCGCCCCGGGGCGCCGCGAGCUCGGACGCCGGGGCCACGGACGCCGGGGCCUGAGCCAGGUGGAGGGGGCCGCCGCAGAGGGCGAUCGCUGA